AUGACUCAGUGAGUGAGCGAGUGUGAGGUGAUAAGAGCUGCUUUCAUGACCAGACCUGAACCUUUGCUCCCUGUAAAGUGCCACAGCCUCAGGUGGAGUCUCUGCUCACCUGCUGUGUUAGGAAAUGAAGCUUUGGUUCACUCGACACAACGGGGGAGCUCUCACUCAGAAAACAAUACUAGAAUGACUUUGUCCUGGAAAUCAUCAUGGCCUACACUUUAUUGCAUCUUCUCAUUACUCUGUGCAUCUGGAGAUUCAGCGGGUCCAGAUCAGUUCCAGUUGCAGCCACUAAACUCCAUGGUGCUGAAAGACUCUGACGUGAGAUUCAACGCCACCGUGAAGGGAAACUGGGAGGUCAUGACCUGGACAGUCGGAGGUCUGCUGGUCCUCACCGUCCCCGUCAGUGGUAACAUCGCCUCCUCUUCACAGAGGUACACUGCAGGGUUCUGCUCUGGAGGUGACACAAGCUGUGUGGAGUUCACCAUGAGGAACGUCAGCCGGGGAAACGCUGGGCCCGUGGUCUGCACCGUGCAGGGGGAGUACGGGUCAAAGACGGCACAGCUUCACGUGCAAGAGAGUGGUUCAGUCAGCGUCACAGCAGGAAACCUGAAGGUGAUGCAGGACGAGCAGGUGGAGUUCCAGUGUGAUACAGCUUCUUGGUUUCCCUCACCGACUGUCAGCUGGGCUCUAAAUGGUCACCUUGUGGACAGCGGCCUUUACAACACCACCAGCACAGCUGAUGGGGAUUAUUUUAACUCCACCAGUGUCCUCAAGUUUCAGGCUGUCAGAAACACCACCGUGGAGUGUCGGGCGACCCUGGAGGCGCUGACAAACCCACAAAAGAGAUCUGUAUUCUUAGUGGUUGUUCCCAAGCCUCCAGACUGGACAGUGCUGAUUGCAAUGGUUGUGUCCAUCGGAGGACUCGCUCUGCUGGUUUUACUCAUCAUAGGAAUCAUCUUCUGCUACAAACGCAGGAAAGAAAAACAGCCCAACUAUCAAGAUGAAGUGAGGAGGGUGAGGACACAGAGUCAGUUAAGUGCUGUCACUGCAGUCGGACGGGGUCAGGUGAACGCAGGUUACGUGACGGAUGGUCAAACAAGUAAGACAACCAACAUAUGCACGAAUACAAACAAGCUUUCAGAUGACAGAAAUAGACGAAUCGAUACAAUAUAUUUUGUUUUGUUUGUUUUUCAGAUGCCCGAUGUUGUGAACAGUAACCAGGCAGGAAACGUCUUCAGGAUCUCGGGUACUGUGGAUGAAUCAGGCUUCAAGAAACACAGACAUGUCACCAUCGUGUGAGCUGCACACAGCCUGCAAACACAUGAGCUCAGCACUGCACUUUGACGCUUCACUGCUCCGUUUCUGAAGGUGAAAGAAAGGUGUGAGGAGGGAGUGACUCUGUCCACACCAAAGACCGAUGCACUGCAGUCAGACGAGGAAGAGAUAUAAAAACAGGACAUGUUUUUUUUUUUAAUUCGCUGACUGUUAGAAGCUGUAUCAGCAGAAUGCAACAUUUUGAAAUCAUAGAAACGUGUAAUGAAAACACGUUAAGAUUGCAAAACAUCUAUGGGCUUUUUUUGUAUUUCUCGGGCUUUUUGAAAGUGCUACAGUCAUCAUCUGCUGCGGUUGCAGUCGCAGCCUUAUCACAGAGCAAACCAAAGUGAGCAUAAUUAACAGUUUAAUGACCGCUGGAGCGGCAUUUGAGGCUGAACCAGCAUAAACUGUUCCACUUAUUGGACACAGGCUGUUUUUUUUGUUUGAUGACUACGUGUUUCUGGUUUUUUACUAAGCCAUAUCUAUUUAUUGAGGCAUUAUGUAACUGAAAUUAAAUAUUCAAAGGGGGGCAGUCUGAAACCUCUUUUGUUCUCCAGCAUCUGAAAAUGUCCUCAAAUGUAAUCCCCUCUUAAAUGUAAUGCUGAUGGCGACUGCUCUUUGAUCAGUGGCCUAUUUCUUACAUUUUUAAAUUAUUUGAACUAAUAAAACCUUUCACAUACAAAAGUAAAUGUGCCAGUUUGUCAAAGAGUCCCCAUGAAGAACAUGUCAUAUGCAUUAGAGGAAUAAAAUCAUUUCCAUUUGUCA